AUGGAUGAUUUCUUCAUCAAAUUUAAAGAUUUUUACGAUAAAGUUAAAGACAUUACUAAUGUGAGAUUCACUUAUAUGAAGGAGUUAUAUAAUCUUGGGAUCGAUUAAUUUCCAGAAAACUAUUAUAUUCUGAACAUUCAAAAGAACAACCAGGCAAGUAUCCAGUAAGGUGCAAAUAAAUUGAAGAAGAACUGGACUGAAGACGAUAAAAAAGUACUAAUUUGGCUGAUUGGAAAAUACUUUGCCUUCCAAAAGCGAGAUUUUAAGAAUAUUAGUGAGACUGAUUGGAUCAAAAUAUCUUCAAUGAUGUAAAGAAGAGAUGCUUUUCAUUGCAAAUAAAAGUGGCUUCAAAUGUUGAGAUUACCAUUACAACAAGCUCCAUGGACUAAGGAAGAAGAUGAUGCACUCCUAUUAAUUAUUCAAGAAUAUUAGAGAUUAAAUAAAGGAAAUAAAUGGAGUUAAAUUGCUACAACUCUUAACAAACGUACUGGUAAAAGUAUUCAUAGAAAUGGGAAACAGUGCAGGGAAAGGUGGAAUAAUCAUCUGAAUCCAUCUAUUAAUAGAAAACCAUGGUAAUUAUUUGAAGAUUUAGAGCUUAUGAAAUUGGCCAUUUUGAAUGGAAAAAAAUGGGCUUAAAUUUCAAAAUCACUAAAACUAUAGAGAAGUGAAAAUAAUGUUAAAAAUAGAUUUAAUUGUUUGAUGAGAAAGGAAAGAAACAAUAAAGUUAAACCUUUUUCUAAUUAGGAAAGUGAUUCUGAAUUAGAAGAUUCUUUUUCAUCUAAGCCUUCUGAUGAAGAAUUAAAUUUAGAAGAGUUAAGAAUUAUAAAUUAAAUUAUCAAAAAGAUAGAGUGGAGAAUGAAAGAAGAUGGUGGAGAUCCUUAUGAUGUGAAAUAAGAAGAUUUUGAUUAAAUUUCAAAAAAGAUUUCAUCAACUCGUUAAUUCAAAAAUAUUAUUUAGUAACAACAGAAAGAUCUUGUUUUAAAUAAUGACAAUCUUGCCAUUCAACAUAUGGAUAAUAACUAUAUGGAACAUAAUAAUUUUAAUUAUUAUAAAUAAUUAGAAAAUAUCUAGAAGUAAUAAGAAUAAAACACCUUAACCUUGUAAAUUAUGGAUUUUACUUAAAUCUCUUAAGAUGAGUAUUUAUAAUUAUAAUCAUGCUUAAUUAAUAAAGAGAAAAAUAAAAUCUAUUUUGCCACUUAGGAAUAGAUUUAUUAAUUCUCCAGAACCUAAGAUUAUCUCAAAAAAGACAUAGAGUUAAACUAAGGAUUGCUUGGUCAUGUAAGUAAUCCAAGUUUGUCUAGCUAUAACAAUCUCUUAAGUAAUAUACGAUUAAACUAAAAUAUUGAAGAUUCCCUUCCAUAAAAUUAAUUGACUUUUCAAGAGAAUCGCCAAAAUAUAAAUUCUUAUUUUCAACUUUAUCCAUUCAAUGGCUCUUAAUAGCAGUAUCAAGGAGCCUCUUAAUGUGUACCCUAAAGAUCCAUCUUAAAUUUUCCACCAAAUUUAAAUAGCCGUAGUUUCUAGUAGGUUCCUAAUUACCUUCCUGGAUUAAAUUAUCAUCUUGCUUGCUAUCCUUAAUAGUAAUAUAUUAAACCCCUGUAAAAUAGCGAAAAAGCAUAAAGAAGAUGUUGA